AUGGGGCGCUGGACAUUGAAGGAGCCCAAGGAAGAGCCGCGCUGGACGGUCAAAGCCAAGGAGGAGCCGCAGCCGGCGCCGAAGACGCCUGCGCCGAAGGCCGCAAAAGCCAAAGCGGCGCCCGCGCCCACCACCAUCCUGCCGCAGGUCACACGGGAGUGCUUGCUGCAGGAAUGCCGCCCCUUGCUGCAGUUCCUGUGGGCAACCAGCACUGCCUUCGACCGCGCCCCUGCGCAGUCCGAGCACUUCGAUGACUUGUUCAACUGGCCUGGCGCCAGGGAGGUGCGGCACGUGGUGAACGGCACGCCCGGCGGCCGCUGGGGAGAGGUGCAGGCCUCCUGGCUGCGGGUGGAGCUGCGAAGCAUGUUGGAGCCGGAGCUGCCGGAAAACCUGGCGACGCAAGGUGAGCCCUCCGUUGGUUACCACGGGACCAGGUGGCCCAAGCUGCCGUGGAUCCUCCAGCAGCGCCGCUUGUGCGGCGGCCCCCGGGAGGCUGGGGGCUGCCGCGGAGUGUGGAGCUCCCCCGUCUUCAAGACGGCCGAAAUGUAUGCCUGGCCGGAGCCCCUUGGCACUGCAGCGGCGCCGCUUUGCGACCCCUGGCUCGACCACGCGCCCGCGGAAAACGCGGAGCGGUUCCAGGCGGUGCUGGAGCUCGAGGUGUGGCAGCAGAAGCGCCAUGCCAAGAAUGUGUACGUCACGCUGGAUGACAAGAAGACAGCGUUGAGGGCCGUACACCUCCGAUGCUGGAGAGAAGGUCAGGCGAGCAAUUCGACUCUGACGGCCGGGUACUUUCCAUCUUCCUUCAUGCCCGACGGCUCGAAGUUGUGGUACGUUGCAGGCACAGAGCCGCUUUGGCUGGACAAAGGUGAGGAGACAAGCGAGGAGGCGGACGCGCAAGCAAGGAAGAACAAGAAGAGGAAGAAGAAGCGCGAGGCGACGGAGGCGACCGCGGGCACGGAAGUUGCAGCGCCCAGCUCCCACGUGGAUGACGCCAUGUGGGGCAAGGUCACGGAGGCGGUGUCGAAUGCGGAGAUGCAGAAGAAGCUGUACCGGUUCUUCAAGAAGUCCUACCACGGCGCGAAAGCGAAGGCGGAGGCGGCAGAUUCACCCGAACCCUGUGCCGCCUUCCUGGUGCUUUGGGCGGAGGACGUGACAGCGCGCUUGGCACAGGCUGCCUGGGGGCCUUCUGCCACGUUGCAGCCCUCUGCAGAUGAGAUCAUCAGCGUCACAAAGUUGAUGCUCGAGGGCGGGUUGGUGCCGGAGGGUUUCGCUGCGCGCUGGGGCGAGGAGCUGGAGCUGCGAAUCGCGGGGGCGGUGAAGGCACAGCUGGCGGGCGUGGCCGCGAGCCAAGUCGGAGGCGAAGAAGUGAAGGAAUUGCUGAAGGCCGAGGAACGGCCCAAGGCCGAGGAAAGGCCCAACGCCGAGGAAUGGCUCACGGCCGGGGAACGGCCCAAGGCCGAGGAAGGGCCCAAGGCCGAGGAAGGGCCCAAGGCCGAGGAAUGGCUCAUGGCCGAGGAACAGCCCAAGGCCGAGGAAUGGCUCAUGGCCGAGGAACGGCCCAAGGCCGAGGAACGGCCCAAGGCCGAGGAAGGGCCCAAGGCCGAGGAAUGGCUCAUGGCCGAGGAACGGCCCAAGGCCGAGGAAUGGCUCAAGGCCGAGGAAUGGCCCAAGAAGCAGUUUGCGGGCCCAAAGAUCGUCACGGAGGAGCCGCCGGCGAAGGCUCGACGGCUCGGCUCGCGCAGCAGCUCGGGUGGCGCCGUCGCCAAGACUGGCUUUGAGGAGGCGGAAAUCGAUGCCGCCGAGGAUAAGAGGCCAGUCCUGGGGGAGUCCGUAGACAUGGUGCCAGAGGACAGUACGCUCAAUGUGGUGCCCACAAGUGCGGGCAAGGUGCUGAUGGCGAUUUCGGACGGGGGUCUGCAGUUCCUGGUGGCGGCUUCUCGGGCCAACGUGGGCGUGAAGAGCGGCAGGUACAUGUUCGAGGUCCGGGUGCUAGAGGUGCUCCUGCCGGCCGUGCCAGGUGGCCGCACCAGCCCGCUGCCCACCCGGCAGAUGUGCCGGAUUGGCUUCUCCAAGCAGCACUCGUCCCUGUUCCUCGGGGAAACCGAGGACUCUGUGUGCUUUGAUUCGGACGGAUGCUUUAUCUCGAACAAGCAGAAGGGCCAAGUUGCCGAACGCUUCGUUCGCGACAACGUGCUGGGAGUUCUGCUGAACCUGGACCCGGCCAGUCCCAACGCCAACACCGUCAGCCUCUUCAAGGACGGCCGCAGAGUAUGCAAGCCUCAGCCCCUUCCGGAGCCUUUGCUGGGACACGCGCUCUUCCCGCACGUGUCCUUCCGGAACGCCUCGCUCCAGGUGCAUUUUGGGCCUGGGCUGCUGGCGCCAGUGCCCUUCAGAUGUCGGACCAUUCAGGAAGCAGCGGCGGAUGACGUGGUGGUGGGCCCGUCCACCUUCUCCCAGGAAGGCAGCUUUGAGAUCCUUUUCCCCGUGGCGCUGCCCGAUGAAGGCACCUUCGACUGGCUGGACGACUUCCUGCAGAACCAUCCAGGCUACACAGAGCUCAGCGACCGGAAGAUUGUGGAGUGGGCGGUGGGCAGUGGCCUCGGGAAGCCCAGGACGACUUCCCUCAAGAACUGCAACGACAAGCCGGAUGUCACCUUCGGUAUCCAGGUCAUUGAUGAGCUGACUCCCAGGAAGGUGCUGUACUCGAUCGCCCCCCUGGUCCCUCGGAACUAUGUGAUCAUGGAGGUGAAGGCCAACCUCCUCAAACCAGAGCGCCAGGCUCCGGGGAUGCCACUGAGCCAGCCUCCCGGGUCUUCGGCGCGGCUGGAGGUUCGAGGCGGUGACGUCAGGCGGCUGCGACGCCUGGAGCUGGAUGCGGAUCUGCUGCACAAUUGGGCCUGGUGCCUUGCUUUGCUACAGAGACACGUGCCUUACAAAGAUGAUGGGCCGACGCGACUUGCGGACAACUUCAUAGGCAGCACAUGCGCAAAGACUCGGCGCUGGACGCUGGCAGUGCACAUGCUCUACCUGAUGCCGGCCAUCCGCAUCCCGCGAGGAGUCGUCAGCUGCAGCAGCGGGAUCAACGCCUGUGACAGGGCGGGGCGGUGGAUGGCCGGCUUGGAGCUCUUGGUUUUCAUGGCUUCUGCGCAGAUUCUUCCGAACACCGUGUCCUUCAAUAGUGCCAUCAGCGCUUGUGAGAAGAAGCGCCGCUGGCAACAUGCUUUGGCCAUCAUAGCUGACAUGCGAAAUCCAGCAGCGGACGUCAUCAGCUACAACAGCGCCAUCAGCGCCUGCGCCCGUGCCAGCCGCCCCUCGCUGGCGCUGGCGCUCCUCAGCGCAUUGGCGGCGGCCCGGCUGUGGGCGACGGUGGUGUCUUACAGCAGCGCCAUCAGCUCCUGCGAGGGCCGCUGGGCGCAGGCCCUGGACCUUCUCUUCGCCAUGGCGGAAAGUGAGGUGGCCCCGAACGUGGUGAGCUUCAGCAGCUGCAUCAGCGCUUGUGAGAAGGCCGGGGAGUGGCAGAGGGCAUUGGACCUCCUGUGCCUCAUGCCCACCCAGGAGGUGAGCCCCAACGCCUACAGCUUCAGCAGCGCCAUCUCCGCGUGCCAAAAGUCUAGCGAGUGGCAACAGGCGCUCGCCGUUUUCAGCGCCAUGACCUCCUCACUGGCGCCAGAUGUCUUCGCCUGCAGCGGGGCGAUCAGCGCGUGCGAGCCGGAUGGGCAAUGGAAACAGGGUUUGGCUUUGCUGAGCUCUAUGGGCCACUGGCACAUCAUUCCCAACAUCGUUUGCCUCAGCGCGGCCAUUAGUGCAUGUGGCAGAGGGGAGGCGUGGCAGGCGGCGAUGGCUUUGUGGCGCGACCUGCCGCGGCGCUUUUUGCGGCCGGACGCGGUGUGCUUCAACAGCGCCAUUUCCGCCUGCGAGAAGAGCGGGCGCUGGAGGGAGGCGCUGGAUUUGCUGAGCCGCCACCCCAGGCCCAGCAGCGUCAGCUUCAAUGCGGCGGUCAGCGCCUGUGAGAAGGAGGGCCUGUGGCAGCUGGGCUUCGCCUUGCUUGCGGCCAUGGAGAAGUGCGAGCUGCAAGGGGACGCCAUCACCUGGAACAGCGUGAUCAGUUGCUGCGAGAAGGGCAGUCGUUGGUCAGCAGCUUGGGCCCUGAUCAACGAGAUGCCGACGCGCCAGGUGCUUCCGGACGUGAUCAGUCUCAACAGCGCCUUUUUGGCCUGCGCUCAGUGCGGCCAGUGGCUCCUGACGCUCCACAUCCUGCAGCUCAUGGCCUGGCAAGGCUGCGUAGACGGCCGUCUCGUCCGGCGCUUCGACUUCCGGCACUUCCGGCGGGUAGCGGCGGUGGUAGUGGGGGAGCCACCAGAGAGCUUCAAGGCCAAGGUGAGGAGCGCGGUGCUGGCGGAGAAGCAGGAGAAGUUGGAUGCAGAGUGGAACGCGCAAGAGGUGCUGAGGCAGCAGCAGAAGGCGCUGAGGGAAAAGCAGAAGGCCAUGGAGGAAGCCCAGAAGCGGAUGGCGGAGGCCGCGGCGUCGGCCGCGGCUUCAGCCACGGCUGCUGCGCAGGCGGCAGAAGCACCUACUGAAGCAAAAGAGGAGGGAAAAGACGAGGAGAUGAAAGAAGUUAAGGAGGAAGGUGCUAAAGAGGAGGGCGUCCAGGAGGAGAUCAAGGAGGAGCCGGAGCCGGAGCAGCAACUGCCUGUGGCAGAGCUGGAUGAGGAGGAGCAGAAGCUUUGGUUCCUGCCGCGGCCGGUGACCGACAUGGUGCCCACGGUCUUCAACAGCACCUUCAUGGACUUCUCGCUGCCCACGGACGAGGAGGACUUUGCGGAGAUCCGCUACGAGUGGGCCACGGAGUUGGUCAGCAAGGAGUACAUGAGGUCCUGGAUGCAGGCCAAGAAGAUCACCACGCGCGUGGAGGACAUCAAUUGCUCGGAGACCUUCACAAACCGCGUCUUCGAGUGGCAGCGCCUUCAAAACGAGUGGCAGGUGAAGCAAAAGGACUUCAAGUCGGACCCCGUGAAGCAGCAGGCUGCGGAGGUUCGGGCAGACAAGGAGAAGAGAUACGAAGAGAAGCAGGAGAAGCAGCAACCUGAAGCAGAGGCGGCGGAGGACGAGCUUGAUGGCUUUGUGCCGCUGGACAUCUACAGCGUGAAGGAUGUGGCGGACAUCGGUGAAGGAGAGCCUCUUUUCGCGAACUUCUCGUUAGAGGACUGGGCUCUGCUGAACCUCCGCUUCGAGCUGACCAUCCUGAUGCAGGGCUUCCGACAGGAUGUUGCUGACCCUGAGAGGCCCGGCAUCCACGAGUCGCACCUGGGCUUCUACUACAACAAGUACUUCAGAAAGCCUUUGAACAUCAAGUUCUUCGGUGUGAGCACCGCCGUGGAGCUUUGCGCGCUGGCCAAAGACGUCGUCACCAUCCAGGAGAACGGCGUGCUGGCACCGAGUCUGUCCGAAGAGCAGCUCGCAAACCUGGACAUGUUGGUCCGCUUGACGGAGGCAGCCCGUCGGGAGCGGCACCGGCGCAUCGAGGCGGGAGACGAAAGCUCCAGACUGAAGUUCACUGUGCAGCAGGGCCAGUCGCUGCUCGGACGCAGACACCCUGCCUGCCAUAUUUGGUCAGCAGAUAUUAUGGCCGUGGCCGAAAGCCACGCCCAAGCCAUGGUCGUCUUGGUCGCCCGCGCAGCCUGUGGCGCCCCGGCCAAUGAGAUCAAGUGA